AUGCGAACUCGCUCUCGUUUUGUGCAGGUGAAGUGCAGGUGGGGCAAGCACAGCAUGACUGAGCAGCAUUCACGGUGGCGGCGUGAGUGUUUUGCGGAAAAUGCAGCGUCCACCCCCCACCCCCCGACACCGCACGCCUCGAUGACUGGCCACCUCUACUGGCUCCUGCCUGCUCCCCCACCCUACCCCACUCCACCCCACCCACACCUCUCUUACCUCCACCCCAUCACCACCACCCACCACCUCACUACCACCCCUUCACCGCCUCAGAUAAAGUCUUAA